UUAAAGUGGGGAUAGCCAUGUCUUGACAUUACAUGGUAUGCCAAGAUCUUUCAGCAAAGUAAAGCUGGAAUUGUGCUGCAGGGAUGACUGAGGAGGAGGUGGAGGUGGCAGCAUAUGCCACACUGUCUUCAACUGGAAGGGGAUCAAAGAACAAGAAACCAGUUCCUGCUGUGAUCCUGGAAUCGAACACCUGCCCUCUUCACUGUGGUGAACCAAUCAAGUCAGAAAACCAUCUGAGAGGUCAUCUGAAGGUGAAACACUCAAUCGAAAUGCAAAAGGAGUUAAAGCACUUCGAAAAUAUGGGAAGUUUCCUGGCGUGGAAGGAGGCGCGCGAGCGGGAGGCGUCACGGCGCUACGUGGUCCGGGAGACGCGCAGCGACUGGCGGCGGUUCGCCUGCUCCAGGUCCGGCCAGCCGUCCGGCACAAAUCGGCCGCAGCGCUGGAAGAAGACGGGCAAGUUCUGCCCGGCCUACAUCCGCACGAAGACGGCCACCGACGGCUCGGUGACGGCCCGCUUCUCGCUGCUGCACACGUGCCAGCAGCCCGACCUGACGCCGCUCAGCUCGGACCGCGAGGUGGCCAGAGCGCACUGGCAGCUGGACCUGUUUGAGCGCGCUCUCAGCGAUAGCCAGCCUCGCCAGCGCAAGAGGCGGCGGACCAGCGACGUCGAGGCGGAGCCGGAGCCGCAGCCAGACCCGCAGCCGGAGCCGGAGAUGGAGCUUGAACCAGAGCCAGAGCCAGAGCCAGAGCCGGACGCCGCUCUAGAGCAGGACGGUCAGCUGCACACGCCGGCGAUGACGGAGUCUCCCCGGGCGGCGGUCAGGAGGCCUCACUGGACCGCCAGAGGCGCCCGGGCCAGCAAGGUCCGGCUGAAGCUGGCCACUGCGCGCUCCAGGCGGAACGCCAGAGCGGCCCGACUGUCGGAGUCUGGCAGCGGCAGCGGCGGCGGCGGCGGCCUGUCUGCCACCAAGCAGCUGGUGAGGACGAACCUGGUGCGGCUGCUGGGCCGGCUGGAGCUGGCGUCCGAGGCGGAGGCGGACCUGCUGCUGCGCGACACAUCGGCCCUGCUGGAGCGGCACGCGCGCAUCAGACGCCGCGGGAACGCUGGGACUCGGCUCCGGCGGCAUCAGACGCAGGCGACGGCGUCUGUGGACCCCGACAGCGACCACCCGUACGCUGGCGGCCGGCAGGCGGCGGUCGCCAGCCUGCGGCCAGCGCCUGCGGAGGAGGCAGCACCGCACCACAUCGCGGCAGAGACGGCGCCGGACGGCCGGCUGCUGGCGGAGUCCUGGGGCGAGGUGGUGGUGGUGGGAACGGCGGAGAACGAGGCAGACUGCAGAGUGGUUCUAGGCAGCCCAGCCAGCCUUGAGCCCAGCUGAGGCCUGUCACACUGUCAUGAUAUGUUGCGCGAGACAGGCACGUAGCUGGAAUUUUCCUCAUGGGAAGGAAGGGUGGAAAUACAAAAUGUGCUGCCCCCUCCCCCAUUACGGGCCUGGUGUCAGGCAGACAAACUGCUAGUCUUUAUGGAUUGGUGAUGGUGUAUGGCCUGUAACCAAGAUGUGAUUAUGGUUUGGUCACAUUACACAGGUAGCUUUUUCUUGACAAUGACAUAGCUAUGAUAUCAUUGAGAUGCGUCACUAAUUUGUGCUGUCACGAUCAAAUAUAUGUCUC